UCUGGUUUGGCAAACAUGUUUGAAAUCUUUUUUACGCCAACUCACAUUGAAUUAUCAGAGGAUUGCUUACUUCAGCAUUUCCCGCGGAAGUGUGAUUGUCGAGGAACAGAAAUGGAAUGUGACUAUAGGAACCUGAAUAAUGUGCCACAGGUUUCGGGGAAUGUGACAAUGCUGUCUCUGAAGAGCAAUAAAAUCAAAAGCCUACCCGCUGAUGCUUUCCUCACCUACUGUGACCUGCAGGAAUUAUACCUGCAGGAUAACCAAAUCCAAUCUAUCUCAAAAACUGCAUUUUGUGGACUUUACAAUCUCAGACGAUUGUACAUCAGUCACAAUCAUAUCACUUCAUUGAAGCCAAGACUAUUUCAAGACCUUCGUAAUCUCGAAAUUUUAUUCCUUGAUGACAACUUAAUAUCAAGAAUCUCACCACGGUUAUUUAUUGGACUGAAAUCUCUGUGUAUUUUAUCAAUGGUAAACAAUUUAUUGGAAAACCUACCAAAGAGACCAAUAUGUGCUGAAAUCCCCGAAGUUUACUGGAUGGACUUUGACAGUAAUCGAAUCAAGUCAUUGAAUUAUUCAACCUUUGUGAAAUGUGAUAAGCUGGCUGUGCUGGAGUUGUCAUCUAACAAGAUUCAGGAACUCCCCAAACAUCUAUUCAAAAAUAUUAAAUUACUGAUAAAAUUGAAUAUAUCUGACAAUCCCAUUAAUUUUGUACAUCCUGAACAGUUUGAAAAUCUCAAACAACUUCAAUCUCUUGGUAUUGAAGGAAUAGAAAUUGCAAACAUAGAAAGCAGAAUGUUUAAUCCAAUGACAAAUUUAGAACAUAUAUAUUUUCAUAAAUUUCAGUACUGUGCGUAUUCUCCUCAUGUACGGAGUUGUAAACCAAACACAGACGGAAUAUCUUCCUUUGAAGAUCUACUAGCCAACAUCAUACUUCGAGUUUUUGUCUGGAUCAUAGCUUGUCUCACAUGUUUUGGAAACCUGUUUGUCAUUUUCAUGAGGUCACUUAUUCGAGCUGAAAAUAAGCUUCAUGCUAUGUCCAUAAAAAUUUUAUGCUGUGCUGAUUGCCUGAUGGGAGUAUAUCUAUUCUUCGUUGGGAUCUUCGAUGUCAAGUAUCGUGGGGAGUACAACAAACAUGCGCAUCGAUGGAUGGAGAGUGUCCAGUGUCGAAUGAUAGGAUUUUUGGCCAUGCUCUCCACAGAAGUUUCAGUUUUGCUAUUGACAUACCUGAGUCUGGAGAAGUAUGUUGUCAUUGUCUUCCCAUUCAGUAACAUCAAACCAGGAAAGCAACAGACUUUGAUAAUACUAACUACCAUUUGGCUUAUUGGAUUUAUUAUCGCUAUAAUUCCACUCUGGAAUGAAGAUACUUUUGGAAAUUACUAUGGAAGAAAUGGAGUUUGCUUUCCUCUUUAUGCAGACCAAAUUGAAACGGAUGCUGCAAAAGGCUAUUCGAUUGGCAUAUUCCUUGGUUUGAAUCUGAUUGCCUUCAUCAUAAUUGUCUUCUCUUACUUCAGCAUGUUUUAUUCUAUUCACAAAACUGGAAUCCAGACACCUGAAAUAAAAAGGCGCAUUCGAAGUGAAGUUGCAUUGGCUUACAGAUUUUUCUUCAUAGUGCUUUCUAAUGCCUUCUGCUGGAUCCCAAUUUUUCUCUUGAAAGUACUUUCACUGAUUCAUGUGGAGAUUCCAGGAGCAAUUACAUCGUGGGUGGUUAUAUUUAUACUUCCAAUAAACAGUGCCUUGAACCCAAUUCUCCAUACGCUCACAACCACUUUCUUCAGAGAAAAGAUUAAACUAUUUAUUUGCAAGCAUCCAAGUAAAGGAAAGAGCACAUGGACAGAGAGCUCUUCAAAACAGUCAACAUCAUCAGUUAAAUUUAGCUUUUUAAGAAGGAUAUCUGCUUUAGAAAACAUACUGACUUCAAGACAUCACUGACACGUUGGAACAUUCUUACCACUGAUUGUGGAAGUAUCGUUUACAAUGAAAGCAGGAGCUGUUGUUUGCCUUUGUUCUGAGAGCGUGCCUCAAAAAUUGUACAAUUUGAAGGAGGAAAAAGACUCUGGAAAUAAUGUUACAGUUAUUGCCUGAAAAGGAAUUUGUGAAGCUUUAAAGACAACAUUGUUGUUUAGUAUUGCCAUCUUCGGGAUAAAGAAAGUUCUACGGAGGAAGCAAGCAAAAAUGAAAAUAGUAAUUAACAAAAUUAAUGUUAAAUUUAAUUUUACUGUGCUUUGUUAUUUUAUGAAUUUCUUGUAGUG